AUGUUCUCAGUCUGUUUAUUGAGUAGAUACAUGGGAGUUCCAAUGAGGCAACACAUGCUUGCUGCAAAGAGAGUGUUGAGGUAUUUGAAAGGUACACUGACUCAUGGCAUCUGGUACAAGAAAGCAGGAGAAGGAGAAGGAGAAGAGAGUUUGGUGGGGUACACAGAUAGUGAUUAUGCUGGUGACUUGGAUGACAGGAAAAGCACGAGUGGGUAUGUUUUCUUUCUUGCUGGAGGAGCUGUCUCGUGGUCCUCAAAGAAACAGCCUGUGGUCACACUUUCCACCACUGAAGCAGAGUUUGUAGCAGCAGCUGGUUGUGCCACUCAGUGCAUAUGGCUGAGAAGAAUAUUAGAGCAGAUGGAGUGGAGAUCAAGCGUGCAAGGUGGAACCCGGAUCUUUUGCGAUAACAACUCUGCAAUUAAGUUAUCCAAAAAUCCGGUUCUACAUGGCAGAAGUAAACAUAUAGACGUCAGAUUCCAUUUCCUGAGGGACUUGGUUAAGGCGGGAACAGUGGACUUAGUGCAUUGUGGAACUGCUAGUCAAGUUGCUGACAUCAUGACUAAGGCAGUAAAGAAUGAGACUUUUGAGUUUCUUCGAGGAAAGCUUGGUGUUAAAGAGAUGGCUGAAGUUGUUGUUGCACAAAGGAGUGAAGUUGAAGAUGAACUGAAGUCUUAUCAGGCUUCAGUUCAGGGGAGGAUGUUGAAGCUAGAAGUUGGAGGAGCAAACCAGAAGUAA